GAUGGCUCAAAAGCCGUGUGACAUGACUACCUCAUUUGGUUAAAGAUCAAGGACUCUUUUUGCCCUGUUCUGUUCAAAAGGGGUUGAUUUGUGUCUUUUCCACUGUUGUUUUGAGUAUUUGCUUUACACUGUGUCUCACUAAGAUGGUGUGCUUAUGUAUGCUUACGACUAUGGUUUGGGACUUGGGUAGGCCGGGUGGUUUGGUGUACACGGCACCAGACAAUUCUAGGAGGGACUAAGGCUUGUACGCCCUUUGAUUUCUCUGAACCUGUUUCCCAGGUAGCUUUUGAGCUGGAUGUGAAGAUUAGAUCUUUAUGUGAACCCGUGCCAGUAAACCAGUAUUGUUUGUCCCUGUAAGUUUUAUGUCCUGGCAGCCGCUCAGGAUUUUGGUGUAAUUCAGGAGGGGUGAAUGUAGCAGGUACAUAAGAUGUAUGUAUGCAUUCCACCAAAAUUCCCUCAUGUUUUAUUUAUUACUUUUAUUUCGUGAUAUUCUCUGUAAAUAGAUCGUUUGGGAGCUUUUGUUAUUUUAUUUUGAAGUUUCGAUCGUGACGUCAUUUUCUUCCGUUGCGCUCGCCAUUCCUCACUUGUUGUUUUAAUGCUGUGAGGAGGUGAGUGUUUUUCCUCUGCUCUGUGCAGCUUUCUGUUCUAAAAUUGUUAAUGAGAAAAUAACCAGUGUAAACGGUGAGAUAGAGUUAUGGUGUGAUUCUGUGCUUGUUGGUGUUGUUCAUGUGUUCCUGUGUAUUUGUUUAGCAAGAGUUUUGAGUGUUUUAGCGAACUAUUUAGCUAGCGCACUGUUUAGCAGCACUUGAGGAUACACACACAGUGACGGCAGCCUGUUCAUUGUUCGUUUCCCGCCAUUUCAGAUUGACGUGCUGCAGUGUCCUGUGUACUAAUGCUGCUGCAUUAUUUGUGCAUUUAUUUCAUUCAGCGUGUGGGAGACUCGCUCAUGCAUGCUGGACAUUCUACUCUAAAUUGACUCCAUACCAGGUUACACAGCUUGCUCGCAAGGAGGACCAAACCAUCAAAUUCUGCAUUUUUUUUAGACUGCCUCAAAAAUACCCAUUCUUCCAUUCAGCAGAUUCUCCCUGACCUUAAUUUCUGGCCCUCAUAGUGUGAAUUUUAGAUGUCCUGCCUGCCUUCCUUUUUGGGCACCAGUCUUGCAGAUCAUUGCUUAUUGCAUGAAAACUAAUCUUGCCAACUUAGUCGUAUAAAGGCUAGGCUUUGGAAUGACACCCCUGAUCAAUGUAAACUCACGGCAACUCUUGCGAGGAAUAAUUCCCGUUGCCAUAGUGAUUGCUUUUUGGAGGGUCUAUUGUAUAAAGAAACCAGAUAAAUGGUUGGUGCCUUUACCAUUAAUUAACUACCAAAACAGUCACGCAAAAGAACAGCUGGAGGUCCCUAGGGCUUCACGGGAAGGUGAGGACGGCCUGAACUGUACGGCCGUCGUGCUGGGAGACCCAGGCAGCCUGAAGAAGGCCAAGUGGCUGGCCCAGAACAGGGACUACAGAAGGAAAGUCAAGCUCACAGAUGAAUACUACAUAAAUGCCACUCAGGACUGCAGAAACUUUAGGUUAACGAGAGGUUACGCCACUCAGGCUUUCCAUGAAGAAAUGGACUUCCCCCUGGCAUACUCUAUCGUCGCCCACCAUAAGGUCGAGAACUUUGAGCGGCUCUUGCGAGCCAUCUACGCGCCCCAGAAUGUGUACUGCGUCCAUGUCGACACAAAAGCCCAAGCUACCGUAGCAGCCGCCAUCGCCAACAUCGCUUCCUGUUUCCCCAACGUCUUCAUGGUCAGUCAACCCGUGAAAGUGGUCUACGCCGGCUGGACUCGGGUGCAGGCGGACCUCAACUGCAUGUCGGAUCUGCUGAACGUCAGCACGGAGUGGAAGUAUUGCAUCAACCUCUGUGGGCAGGACUUCCCCAUGAAGACCAACCUGGAGAUGGUGCGGGACCUGAAGGCUCUGGAUGGGGCAAACAGCAUACAUUUUAACCCCUUUCCCCAGAAUCAGAAAUGGAGAGUGGCAACCACUUGGGCCCCGGUGAACGGACAUUUACAGUCAACAGGGAAGGCCAGGGGGCCGGCGCCCUUCGAUCUUUCUGUGUUGAUGGGCAGCGCCUACAUUAUCGCCUGCCGGGGAUACAUCAACAGUGUGCUGACAGACAGCCGCAUCCAUGAGCUGAUCGAGUGGUGCAAAGACACUUACAGCCCAGACGAGAUCCUCUGGGCCACCACCCAACAAAUGCCCGGAGUUCCGGGUUCCAUGUGGGCCACUUCUCACAUGAAUCAAGCAGAUUCGAUUGCACGGCUGGUGCUGUGGAUUGGCAAGGCCAAGUGUCACGGCAAUUUUGUGCGGGAGGUAUGUGUGUUCGCUGUCGCAGACCUGCCUUGGAUCCUGAGCCAUCAUCACCUGUUCGCGAACAAGUUUGACGUGGAAACGGAUUCAGUCGCCGUCUUCUGUCUGGAGGAGUACCUGCGGGAGAAGAGGCUGGCGGAAAUUGAGAGUGAUGGGAAAUGAUCGCCUCCCAUGUCUAAUGAAGUGUCCUUUUGUUGUUCCGAAAGAGGUUAGCUAAUUAUAGUGCCUGUAUUGGUCCAUAUGGGUUUCCCCAGGUUUGAUCAACCCAAAUUUAAGACUUUUUUUAGACUUUUUUAAGACCACUUCAAUGAAAAUUAAGACCUACAUCGCACCCCUUAAGCAGUCGUAAAACGCGGUCGUGCAUAUGUUAUUCAUGUUUUUUUGGAACAUAUGAAACAUUCAUGUCAAUACAUUAAUGAAUGUGCCAAAGGAUAAGUGUGCACUCACCAAUCAAAGAGCCAAACUGAGGGCCUAACUCAAAGUCUAGAGGCCUGAUGUCUCUUAAGACCAUGUACCCAGAAAUGAUAAUAAAAGAUUAAAAAAACAAUACACAAAGUGAUGGUGUGAAA